AUGAAGAUGUCUAGACAUGACCAUAACAUUAAAUUUCCCAGUGAAUGUGAAUCUCGUUUCCUGUAUAUCCACAUUGUAUACGCUGGUAGAGAUUUAUUUUUGUGUGGUAUUCGUGUCUCAAGGUGCGUAAGGAAUCUUGCGAGUCCUAGUCACGUGGCUGUUAGGUCUGUUGUUUCGAAUUCAAGUGAUCAUUUAAAGUCUGAUCAUGCUUGUCUUGUUGCUGAGUCUGCAUCUAAAUUACCAGUUAAGGCAAUAUUGUUAUGUGGAGGUAUUGGUCAGCGUAUGAGCGAUACAUUGCAUCAUUUGCGUGAUAGUGACAAUUCUGAGCUGAGUUUACGUUCCGAUUGUCCUGUUAGCAAGCAGUUUGUUUCAAUUCACGGUAUACCGGUGUUCAUCUACUCUUUUACUGAGUUAUUGAGAUCGCCUAUUGUUAGUGAGUUGGUGAUAUCUACUAAGCGUGAGUGGAAUUUGAAGGUAUUAGAGCUUAUUGAUACCUAUACAGGUCCUCUAUUGCGUCACAUUGCCUCUUUGGGUGAAAGUUCUAAGUGUCGUGAGAACCUAUUGGAUAAUUUCAGUGAGGCGUGUCCUGUUAAAGUUUGUGCACCUGGGUUAGAUAGUAUAUCAUCCCAUCGUAUUUCUGAUUACAAAAUUCAUUUGGGAAAGUUUCCAUUUUUCGUUUAUGAUUUAGAAGAGCAUUGUUGUAUAUUGAGUACAUCACCGUCGUGGUCUGAAGCGUAUCAUUCUGCGAUUGGCUUCUCUGGUUCUCGUUACAAGAUAAUAAGUUUGUGUAUUAGUGGCGCUAGUCGUGCUGGUAGUGUUUACAAUGCUUUGGAGCGUAAGAAUGCGUUAGGCAGUCACAUGCCAGGUUGUUGUCGUGCUGACUAUAUAGCAUUAGUGCAUGAUUCUGUCCGUCCGUUGCUAGGUCGUGUUGCUUUGCAAAGUUUGGUUUCAGCAUCGGUUGAGUUUGGUGGUGCUUUACCUGCUGUAUGUGUAUUUGACACUAUAAAGACCCCUCAAGCAUUUCGUGCAUCAAUUUUGAAGCGGGCUUAUGUUUCUGCUUUUUCUUCUGGUGACUAUAGUGGUUUAACUGACGAUUCUAGUUUUGUAGAGCGCGUUAAAUGGGCGGGUAAGAACCCCGGGCGCAGUACUGUGCCUGGUCUUCCAGGUCGUCGUCGUCGUGAGCUUAGUGACGAGCAGUUAUGUGAGAUAAAGGACGCUUUUUCUAUUUUUGAUACCAAUGGUUCGGGUCAUAUUGAGGCGCGUGAAUUUAAGAUGGUCCUUAAGGCCUUAGGUUUUGACCCUAGUACUGAUGAGAUGUAUUCUAUAAUGAGUGUCGUUGACAAGGAAGGUACCGGUAGUGUAUCUUAUGACGACUACUUUAAGAUUGUUAAGACAAAAAUUCUUGACCGUGAUCCUAUGGAAGAGAUUUCCAAGGCAUUUAAAUUAUUUGCUGACCCUACUACUGGGACGAUAAGUUUGAAGGACCUUCGUCGUGUUGCUGAUGAGCUUGGUGAGGUGAUAUCUGAUGACGAAUUAGGUGAGAUGAUUAAAGAGGCUGACCGUGACAAUGACGGUGUUGUAAAUGAGUCUGAUUUUAAGAAGAUAAUGCUUCAUUUAGGGUACUAG